CGAGCGAGAGAGAGAGAGAGAGAGAGAGAGAGAGAGAGAGAGAGAGAGAGAGAGAGAGAGAGAGAGAGAGAGAGAGAGAGAGAGAGAGAGUAGUCGGCAGAGAUGUUGGUGCGGUUGUUGUUCACGAGUGUAGUGGCGUAUGCGGGAUAUGCUGUGGGAACAGGAAUGCCCGUCUGGUUGAUCCAGCAUUAUCACGAGUGGAAGAGGAAGAUAGAGGGAGGAGGAGGUGGUGGUAAUAGGAUAGACUUCGAAGAAGAUUCUUGGAAUGGCCGCAAGCAUCGGGAAGUGGAGAUCAGCAGCCUGGCAUUGGAGGAAUACUUAGGUCAGUUAGACCAAGAGCUGUCGGGGCAUGCGGCGGAGGGAGUUGCAGCCGAAGAAUCAGCAGCAGCAGGAGGAGGAAGAGGAGGAGGAGGAGGAGGAGGAGGAGGAGGAGGAGGUGGUGGUAAUGCUAUGACUGCAGAGAGGAGGAGGUGGUUAGAGCAGGAGAGAGAAAGAGUUCGAUUGAUAUUGGAGGAGAGAGAGAAACGCCGUAGAGAGGAACUUGAACAUGCCAUUCAGACUGCUCUGCAGAAAGAGACGGAGAGGCAGAGAAGGAAAGAGAGAGAGUUGGAAAGGAGGAGGAGAGAGGAGUCCAAGAGGGAAUUGGAACUAAGGAUAGAGAUAGAGAGUUUGAAGGAAAGACUGAGGCAGAUUGAGAAUGAUCGAAGAUCAGAGACGAGAAGUAAUAAGAGGAUUGAGCAGGUAGAGGAGAGGAGAGCGGUAGAGAGAGGAGGUAUGGGAGCAAGAGACUCUAUGGAGGAGGAAAGUCUAAGGACUUUGGAGAAGAAGCUGGAAGAGGAGUUGUGGAAAGUGGAGAUAGAGAGGAGGAAGGUGGAGGGAGAGAGAGAGCAAAUGGCGCUAGUUAGGGGAAGAUUGGAAGAGGAAAUGAGAGUAGAGCAUGGAAAGAAGUCGGAGAGACUGGCUGUGGAGCGGGCCAAGAUCGAAGAAGACAUGGCUUUGCAAAGGAGAAGAUGGGAGGAAGAGAGGAAGGUAGUGGAAAUGGAGAAGCGCAAGCUGGAUGCUGAAAAAAGGAGGCUUGAAGACGAGAGGGUCAGACUGUUUGAAGAGAGAGAGAGAGAGAAGCAAAGGCAGCAGCUUGAAGACAGGAGCUGGGAGAGCAGGAGACCUGACGUCCGAGGUGAAGGUGAUGGCGGACCAGGGGAAGGUGGUGGGGAUGGAGGAGGAGGAGGAGGAAGAGGAGAAGAAGGAGGAGGAAAGAACAUAGACGGACUGCUGCAGAAGCAGCGAGCGCUGUCCAUUACCAAGAGAAAGGAGAAUGACUUCUUCGACGAAGCCAAUUUCAAAAGAGACUCUAUGGAGGAGGAAAGUCUAAGGACUUUGGAGAAGAAGCUGGAAGAGGAGUUGUGGAAAGUGGAGAUAGAGAGGAGGAAGGUGGAGGGAGAGAGAGAGCAAAUGGCGCUAGUUAGGGGAAGAUUGGAAGAGGAAAUGAGAGUAGAGCAUGGAAAGAAGUCGGAGAGACUGGCUGUGGAGCGGGCCAAGAUCGAAGAAGACAUGGCUUUGCAAAGGAGAAGAUGGGAGGAAGAGAGGAAGGUAGUGGAAAUGGAGAAGCGCAAGCUGGAUGCUGAAAAAAGGAGGCUUGAAGACGAGAGGGUCAGACUGUUUGAAGAGAGAGAGAGAGAGAAGCAAAGGCAGCAGCUUGAAGACAGGAGCUGGGAGAGCAGGAGACCUGACGUCCGAGGUGAAGGUGAUGGCGGACCAGGGGAAGGUGGUGGGGAUGGAGGAGGAGGAGGAGGAAGAGGAGAAGAAGGAGGAGGAAAGAACAUAGACGGACUGCUGCAGAAGCAGCGAGCGCUGUCCAUUACCAAGAGAAAGGAGAAUGACUUCUUCGACGAAGCCAAUUUCAAAAG